AUGGUAUACUUCGUGUGUCUUUGAUUAUUUGGGUUUGUUUUAGGGAUGGUGGGCGUUGCAUCUAAUCCUGCCCCGUAUUUCGCGGCAUUAGGGUUAGUGAUGUCCUCUGGGGCGGGUUGUGCUGUUUUAGCAAUGUUUGGGUUGCCGUUUUUGGCCUUGGCUCUUUUUUUAAUUUAUCUAGGGGGGAUGUUAGUAGUUUUUGGGUACUCGGCUGCUUUGGCGGCUGAUCCGCACCCUGAAAGCUGGGGGGACGCGUCUGUUUUUGAGCAUGCGAUGUUCUACUUCGUGGUAGUCGUUGCUGGGUUGCUCUAUUUUGGUUCAUCAUGAUAUGGUUUUAGUACUGGGGUGCUAAGUAGCUGUAAAGAGUUGCUGAUGAUUCGGGGAGAUGUUGGUGGUGUUUCCAUGCUUUAUGCUUCAGGGGGUGUUAUGAUGGUGUUAUGCGCUUGAGUUCUAUUGUUAACUUUAUUUGUAGUAUUAGAGUUGACUCGUGGCUUAAGCCGGGGGACUUUACGGGCUGUUUAG